ACCGGAGCUGCAACGCUAAGAACGAACAAAAGCUGGACCACGUUUGUCGCCAACCGGGUGACAAAAAUUACUCAGGUGACGAGCGCUGAGCAUUGGGCGCAUGUGCGAUCCGAGCACAAUUCCGCGGACCUGGCCAGUCGAGGCGUUUCGCUGCGGGAGCUGGUUCAUAGCCAACUCUGGUGGGAAGGACCGGACUGGUUGCAACAGCCGAAGGACAUGUGGCCAACACGGGAGCUAGGACCUCCAGUCACAGACAUAGAGCAGCGUGCUGUGAAGGUCAAUUUCGCCAAGGCCCCAUCCGAAGAUUUUUUGGAACGUUUCUCCGCGUUGGACAAGGCUCUGCGGGUCCUUGCGUACGUAAUACGGUUCACUCAACGCUGCCGCAAGAUGCCGAGGGACGCUGCUGAGCGACCCACCAAGGAAGAGGUCCAAGAAGCUGAAAGAGUCCUUAUUCGAAAUGCUCAGCGGGGAGAAUAUACCCAAGAGCUCAAAGUCCUAAACGAUAAGCGUCCGAUUCCAGUUUCCAGCCCGAUAGCCAACCUGUUUCCAUUUCUAGACCAACAAGGCCUGUUAAGGGCAUGUGGGCGCAUUACGGCCUCAACGGCCCUCCAGUACGACGAGCGGCAUCCUAUUAUACUGCCAUACAACUGUCGGUUAGCUCGUCUUCUCGUCCUUUUUUCACCCCAGAUUUCCCUGCAUGGCGGCAACCAACUAGUGGUACGCCUCAUCCGAUCGAAGUAUUGGAUUCCUAAAAUCAAAAAUCUGGUAAAAGCUGUGCUGAAUUCCUGUAAGGUGUGUACUAUUUACAGGAAGAGAGUCCAGACGCAAUUGAUGGGCGAUCUCCCUACCGAUCGAGUUUCCUUUUCCAGGCCAUUCACAUAUACGGGCAUGGAUUAUGCAGGCCCGUUUGAGAUUAAAAACUAUACGGGCAGAGCAUGCCUUAUUACCAAGGGAUAUGUCUGCGUGUUUGUGUGUUUUUCCACGAAGGCUAUCCAUUUAGAGCCUACGUCCGACCUGACAACGGAGAAGUUCCUCGCGGCAUUUGCCCGAUUCGUAGCAAGAAGAGGUUGUCCUCAGCGAGUCCAUUCGGAUAAUGGCAAAACCUUUGUGGGGGCAGCGACUCUACUUUCUAGAGACUUCAUGCAGACGAUCAAGGAGUCUGUAGCUGGAACCUAUAGCCAUCAGGGACUUGUGUGGCGGUUCAUUCCACCAGGGGCUCCACAUAUGGGAGGAUUGUGGGAGGCUGGAGUAAAGAGCUUCAAGGCACUCUUUUACAAGUCGACGUCAAGUCGGAAGUACACGUUUGAAGAGUUCGCCACGCUUCUCGCCAAAGUUGAAGCCUGCCUUAAUUCCAGGCCGCUGUCUCCCAUGUCCGAAAAUCCAUCUGAGUUAUUGGCAUUGACGCCAGGCCACUUUCUGAUUGGGGGACCUUUGCUUUCAACAGCUGAGCCUGAGAUUAAGGGCGAUGCUCAGUCGAUUAUAAAUCGCUGGCAGCACUUAAAGGCCUUGCAUCAGCAGUUCAGUGCGCGAUGGAAGGAGGAGUACUUAAAGGAACUUCACAAGCGCAAUAAGUGGCAGACUCCUUCCAGAGAUAUCCAAGUUGAUGACAUGGUGGUCGUCAAAGAAGACAACAUGCCAUCAAACGAAUGGCGGCUCGGCAGAGUUGUAUCUGUUCUUCCAGGAGCCGAUAGUAGAGUUCGCGUAGUUGAGAUCCGUACUGCUCGAGGGACUAUAACACGUCCCAUCCACAAACUAGUACUUCUUCCUAUGGAGGACAAGGCAACCUCCGCCUUUCCAAAAUAA